GAGGAGGAGACGGAGGAGGAGGGGAGUGUGUGUGAGCAGGAGACGAUGCCGCUGGGAGGGUUUAGGGGAUGGAACCCCCGCUAGGUGAGAACUGGGCAGGUUUGCUGUGACAAAGCUGCUGGGGAGGGGGCGUUUGUGGGGGAGAGGCACACAGAGAGAGCGAGAGGAGAGCGCAGCUCCUGCCGUGUGUCAGAGGGAGCUCCGGCCGCCCUGGGGACGCUCCCGCUCUGCGCUCUCCGCUCCGAGCAUCCCGCAUCUCCGGCUCCGACCGCACUCAUGGCAGCGCCGAACGGGCUCGUCCCUCCGCCGCCUCUCCUUCCUCUCUCUCAGCAAUAACUCACCUGAGGGGUUUUUUCUUCCCCCCACCUCCCUUUGGAUGUGGAAAGAGGGGAGGAAAGGGCGUUCUGGACAGCGCGGGUUUGGCCGGGCGGAUUUUCGCGGCGCGUUUUAAAGAGCGGGGGAGAGAAAGAAAAGAGAAGAAAAAAAAAAAAAAAAAAAGAGGGGGGGAAACAAAAGAAGAAGAAGACGGCAGGAAGAGGCGCAGAGGAGCAGCAGGAGCAGUGGGUGGCCAGGGCAGGACAUGGGCUGGCGGCUGCCGCUGCUGCUGGCCCUGGCGCUGGGCGGCCGCGGGGCCGGCGCGCAGAACGACACCGAGCCCAUCGUGCUGGAGGGCAAGUGCCUGGUGGUGUGCGACUCCAACCCGGCCCCCGACGCCAAGGGCUCGUCCUCGUCGCCGCUGGGCAUCUCCGUGCGGGCGGCCAACUCCAAGGUGGCGUUCUCGGCCGUGAGGAGCACCAACCACGAGCCCUCCGAGAUGAGCAACAAGACGCGCAUCAUCUACUUCGACCAGAUCCUUGUAAAUGUGGGCAAUUUUUUCACGUUGGAGUCUGUCUUUGUAUCACCACGGAAAGGAAUUUACAGCUUCAAUUUUCACGUAAUUAAAGUCUACCAGAGCCAAACAAUUCAGGUGAAUUUGAUGCUGAAUGGGAAGCCAGUGAUCUCUGCUUUCGCUGGGGACAAGGAUGUCACCCGUGAAGCUGCCACCAACGGGGUCCUGCUCUACCUGGACAAGGAGGACAAGGUGUACCUGAAGCUGGAGAAGGGAAAUCUGGUUGGUGGCUGGCAGUACUCCACAUUCUCUGGCUUCCUGGUCUUCCCCCUGUAAAGUCAAUUUUCCUGUGACGUUCAUCCAGGUGAGGACUCAUCCCUGCCUCUGUCACAUGAAGAUCAUUCUGUCCUCAUGAGAGUGAUGGUUCUUUAUUGCUUUCUCAUGGGUGGUUUUGGAUUCUCUCCACGGACUUUUGCCCCAUCUGAACUACUCAGAAGUUCCACAGAAUUCUGUGUGCUCAGAUAAGACACCCUUGGACUGAGACUAAAGCAGACAAUAAAUAUCAAUGCUUAAGGUUACAGCCUAAAGCUGCCUGCAAGAUUCAUUCCAAUUUCAUUUCCUGGACUUACAGGAUUUGGGGAAGAAGUGGAUUUUCUUUAACUGUGCAAAGACUGGCACCAAGUCUUUGAUGAAGAGUUUGAGUUGAGACUUCAAGCAAGAAUUUGUGUGUUGCUGCCAAAGAACCGUGUAUUGAAAUGUUGGUUGUGUUUCUGUCCUGGGACUGCCUCUGCCAUUGUCUUGGAGGAAAUUCCUCUUGCAGAGUGGCUGACUGGAGCUCUGCUCUGUGUGCUGGAUGGUUCACCCACGUUGAACCAGCCAUCAGAGGGGUUUGGGGUGGGUUUGCUUGGAUAUGGAAGGGGCUCCUCUUUCCUCUUUGAUUCCUAAGAGGAAAAGCAGAUUCCAACCACCCAGGGUUAAAGGUUUGUCCUGCAGGACACCUCACACCUUUUUGCGAUUUUAAUUAACUUGGUAAUUACUGCUUUAUUUAACUCCUGGGGGAUUCCUUCCUUGGACACAACCACACCCCCCUUGUUUGUGUUUCUGUGUGUUUUCCAGCCCUUCUGUUGUGUGAAAAGUCUUGUCUGGUUUUGCCUUAACUCCACAGGUGUGUAAAAUUUUAGAUCAUUAAUUUAACAAAUAUGAAAUCCAAACAACUUGGUACAAAAGCUUCCCAGCUUUUUGUACAGGUCAUGUGAAUUCAUAAACUUAUUUAUUUAUUAUCUCGUUGUUCCAUAAUAAAGAUCAACCUAUGUUAGCUGAAUUUUUUGACCUUUGGAAUUUGGGAAUCGCUUCAUAUUAUUUUUUUAUUGGAUGUAAUUAUUAUAUGCAAAAUGGAAGGUUUUGGGAUUCACAGAAAAUAUCCCAGGAGGCAUAAAAACUGCCAUGAAGUAAUCAGAGUGAUCUAGAAAUAACCUAUGCAUUUUGUUUAAAAUAAAAUUUAGGCAGAAAUCCUGGCCUCACUGAAGUUUUAAGAAUCACAUUGAUUCCAAAGGAUUUUGGAUGAAACCUCUGCUUUAGGUUCUGCCAUCAGCAUCCAACUCCAGAUUGAAAAUUCAAUAAAAUGAUUUUCACAUGAGCUGCUAAUGAAACCUUCACCCCAAAACACACGGAAUUGGUGGAUCUUUGUGCCUUGCAUAUCAUGAAGGAUGUGGCUCUAAAUUUAAAAAUUUCUGUGCACUUGAAAAUGUUUGUGGGUGGAAGCACCUGGGAUCUUCCCCAAAAUCCUCUUAGGGCUGGGAUUUGCUGUUUUGGGAUCUGUUUGCAAUUCCUUCCCUUGUUGGCCAAGUGCAGUUUGUCCUGUUGAUAUUUCACUGAUUGAAAAAAAUCUAAUUAAUGGCUGGUUGGUGCUCAUGAAAAUACCAGGGAGUUGGUGGCACAGCUUUGUGCCCAAAUUGCUGCUUUUUCCUCACCCCCCACAGGAUAUUUUGGGCUGUUUUGGGAGGAUUGCUGGGUGCUCUAUAUAUAUAUAUAAAAGAGAGGAUUUUUCCCACACAACUUUAUUCCUGUUCUGCAGCUGGGGAAGGAGUGGAAGGACCUGGCAGGAAGGUGAAUGGUUCCCAUUGCUGAAAAUUCUUUAAAAAGUUAUGAUGACCAAUCAAAAUGUGUUACUGUACCCCCAAAUGUGUGUGUAUAAAUAUAUGUAUAUCUCAACUGCCUGGAACUGCAGGUCAUAGUUUGCAUGAUUACUUGUCCUAAGAGUUUAUUUCAGAUGGGAGCAUUGAUUAUUUUGUAUAAAAUGGGUAGAAUCUGCCAUCUCCCCUUGCCCAUGGAUUUAUCUGUAAUGUAAAAGAAAUGUUGCUACUGAGACAGAAGAAAAAAUGGCAUUAAAGGUGUCAGUAUAAUUUCAGAAUGA